AGAAACUAGAGUUACAAGGAAUACGACCAUGAAUCAGUACUACGACCUGGACAAGGGGAAGAACGUGCUGUUUCUUAACGAUGCAUCCAGCACCAGUGGAUAUAGCAGCGGCAACUCCCCCAACUCGACCACCCAGUCCCUUUCGCCCGCCCACUCCCCGGAAACGAUGGCUCUGCAAACGGAUUUUGCCAACCUCAACUUGCCAGCCGCCAAUCACCACACCAGCCGCCGUUGGCGAACUCACCAUACCAGCAUCAGCUGUUGAACAACGGCGCCCUCUGCCAAUUGGA